AUGCGCAACCUCUUUAAAAGCAGGUCGCCUUCGAAUCGGACAAGUCAUCAUUCUAUGCGCAGCGACGAACAGUUGGCCCGCCCCGCGUUUGCUCCACCGGACCCCAACAUAGCCGCCGACUCAGACCGGCGCCUUUCACAAUUCGAGUACUCUGUUGGUUCUGUGCAAAAUCAGCCUCAGACUUUAAAUAGGUCACAGAGUCAGCGCCAUAAACCUUUGCGUGACCGACCGACCGUCAACGUUGUGGCCCCUGACGACUCGCAUCGCAAAAAGGGCCGUGUCGAGCGCAGCGCCUCUGUGAAGGGCAAAACAAUCUCCCUUCCCAUCUCACAACCUACCUCACCCGGGACUUUUCAUCCAGAGACCCUGGACGAGACUGACGAGUUUCACCCACAUCGGCAUUCCUACGCGGAGAACCCCUCACCGUUAACCACACCAUCUCUUGCCCACCAACAGCAAUACCAGGCUCAACGAGGUCCCCGACCUUCCCAUCCAGCUCACGCACAAGACAACUCCGCGUGGUCACAGCCACGUUUGCAACCGCUUCAUACAAAACUGCAGCGGUCCACCACCGACUCAACCCUGCUUGAACAGUACGUCCGCCCGUCGCCCACCGAUAUUGUCCCCGAAUCACCGCGAUACGCGUCGGAACAUCUUCAUCGGGGACAGGCUUUCUCCCCUCCUCAGGAUCCGGUAUUGAAUACCCGGCCCCCAUCCCAGCAGUCUCACGAGCCGCUUUCCCCGUUACAGUCCAAUUAUCCUGACGCCAUGCAGUCUUCCGCGCAGGAAUCCCAGAACCAGAGUCAGUUUCACCAGUUGGAUAGGCAAAGAUCUACAGGUUCUCCGCAGCAGAACCGCAGUCGGCAGGGCAGUGUGUCAAACAACAUGCCUGAUCCCGGACGGAGCACACCCACCAUUACACACCGCCGCGAGGAUUCCGGGGAAGUGGACGUGCGGGCAUUGAUCCAGAAACAUGAUGAACUCCAGGCCAAGUAUUCCAAGGUGAAACGGUACUACUUUGAAAAAGAUGCGCAGGUUCAGCAUCUCCAGAACACGGUAGCGCACCAACGGAUGGCGGUGUCGCGUACCGUACUUGACGAUAAUGAAUAUACCAACCGAUUCCAGCGACUUGACGGAGCAAUUAAAGACCUAGCAUUCUCAGUGCGCAAAGAUUGGCGCAGUAUUCCAUCCUGGCUGAAUGGAAUGGUCACCGACGAUGCUUUAUCGGUCGGCACGAAAGAAAUGACCGCUGUCGGACGUGCGGUAAUCAGCCGAUGGCUAGUAGAAGAAGUAUUCCAGCGUUAUUUCCAUCCAUCCUUGGAGCCAGCAUUCAGCGUGUACUUGAAGAAUAUCGAAAUGAACCUGCGACGGCAGCGACCAUCAUCCGACGAAGACCGCGAGAAUGCCUCCGCGAGACUCUCCUAUUGGCGCCGCACGACCUUCGACGGACUGAGUGAUUCCUUAGUUGGACCCGAAGCCCAAAAACAUCGCGCCGAGCUAGUCGAGCAUUUGAUCGUGGAACUCGCUGCCUUUAUGGGAUCCCAGCUGCACGAAACCGCGCUGCCAGGGCUAGAGGCAAGCGUGCGCAUGAUCAUUGAGAACUCAAUUAACAUCACGGAGAAAAUUCCCCCUUGA